AUGAACUCAUUUAAAUUAAACUUUCUAGAUAUUAAUGAAUGUACAUCAGGGAGUCACAAUUGUCAUGACAAUGCUACAUGUUCCAAUAGUGACGGUUCGUUUUAUUGUACAUGUAAUUCUGGCUAUACAGGAAAUGGAACUUUUUGUGAAGGUUAGUUCUAAAUGUUGAUUAUUAAUAAAAUCAGUUGAAUUCAGCUACACUUGUGCUGUCAUUGAUAAUACGUCAUACAUUCCUCCUUCAGACAUUGAUGAAUGUAUCAACGGUACAGAUAAUAAUUGCUCACCAAACGCUAUAUGUAAUAAUCAAGUCGGAACCUAUGAAUGUGUUUGUAAAGAUGGCUAUCAAGCCAAUGGAUCACAAUGUGGUUAGUAUAUACAUUAUAGUCUGUCUGUUCAUUGGAUAUUUUACAAAUUAAUACUGGAUAAACUACAUUACACGAUCUGGUCAAUUUCAUUUUCUCUUCAUUUUAUUCCCUCGGUCCUUUAAACCGCGGAGCGUUUUGUAAUAAAAAUUCGUUGAAACGACUGCGGGAUGUUUGAUCAUGACGUCACUGUCUAUACUAAUUCGUUGCAUCACCAUCGCCCUAUGGUUUGACGUCCAAUCACGAAUGAAGUCGACUGCAUUACAAACACUGUAGUUUUCGUGUGUUGCCGAAAAAGCUUUGUUAACAUAGCCUAUAUACCAGUUAUAUAGAAUGUCCAUAGAAAAGGGCAAAAAUGGAAAAUAGAUAUUCCUAUAUGGGAUAAAGAUAUACAAAUUCCUAUAAACAAGAAUAUUCCUAUAGGAAUUCCUUAGUAUUAGAAUUUCCUAUAUAAAUUCCUAUAGGACAAAAAUAUUCGUAUAGGAAUUCCUAAGAUGACUUAAGAAUUUCUAAGAGGAUUAAAAUAUUCCUAUAAGAAAUCUAAUGAGGGCAAAUAUAUUGAUAUAAAAAUUCCAAAGAGGGAAAAUAUAUUCCUAUAAAAAUUUAUAAGAGGAGAAAAAUAUUCCUAUAAGAAUCUUUAAGAGGAUUUACAUUUGAUUUACAGUAAACUGUUCAUUGAAUGUUGUAAAAAAGUACACACAGUCACAGGUACAAUUGAUGUCUGCCUGUCUUACUUGAACAACAACUGCAAAAUAAGGCAAAUUUACAAAACAAUGGACACUCACACUGUCUUAACAUAUAGUGCCAUUAUUGAAAUAUUAAUUUAGGUCUUACGCAGUUCCUUUCGAAAUUCGCAGCAUGAGUUCCACCUUUGAAUUUACUAUAUGAGUAAAUUCUUAAGCACGUCCAAAUUUAUCAUUAUGAUAAAUUCGCGGCACAUUUUGAAUUUAUCAUAAUAAUAAAUUCGCGGCACCUAACCCCAACCCUAACCACUAACCCCUAACCACUAACCCCUAACCACUAACCCCUAACCUUUUUAACUUUUUAAAUUUUUGUAUCUUUUUUAAAAAUCUAACUUUUUAAACUUUUUUGCUUUUUAAAACUCUUUUAAAACUCUUUUAAAACUUAAAAAAAACUAUUUUCUUAUUGAAAAACUCCCCACCCCUGAGCGACCAGCCUCCUUUCUAGUGCCAUUACAUUUAUCGCAAGAAGUCUUGUCUAAUGCUUGUGGUUUUAUGAUUAACUCUAUUGAUAAAUUCAAAAUGUGCCGCGAAUUUAUCAUAAUGAUAAAUUCGGACGUGUUUAAGAAUUUACUCAUAUAGUAAAUUCAAAGGUGGAGCUCAUGUUGGAAAUUCGUCCUCGUUCUACUUAAACAGUCCUUGGUGCACUUAUAUAUUUGAAACUUCAACGCUUAAUUGGAACAUGGAACAAAUAUUUAUUGUUUUGAAGAAUCAUGUUUCAUUACUGCAAUGUAUCAAUGACUACAUUGCCGUAAUAUAUUACAUAACUACAGCGCUGUAAUGUAUUAAACAACAACAUAGCUUAACAUGACCUGAAGACUAUAUAUUGCGUUUAACUACUGUGUUUAAAUAUUAAACGUAACGUUUUUACUAUUCCAUCAAACAUGAGACAAACACAUGCUCACAUGGUUAAGAUGUACUUUUUUCUUCUAGGUUUCUGUGAAUUUUUUUGUGUUACUAUUACACAUUCGUUAGGAGUAUGAAGUGUUCGUUUGUUUGACUUUUUACAACCUAUUUUAAUAAAGAAUGGAUGCUUUGAGAAUUUAUUAAUUUUUCUGUUUCGGCAGGGAUGUAUCUUUAUGCAACCUCCACAUCCUUUUACUCAGAUACUUUUAUAAACAGAGCCAGAAUGCUUCCAUGCAUCCGCUCCUUUCAUUUCUUGUUUGUAUUGUACCAUAUCUGUACUUUCUACCACCACUUUUUGGUCAUUCCUCGUCUUGUCUUUCAACAAACUCCCCUGGAUCCGUCAGAGUACUAAUAUCUCAUAUCUUAUUUCUAUAGACGAUGUUGAUGAAUGUACAGUCACACCCCCGAAAUGUGCAGGAGGAGGUCAAAGAUGUACCAACUUUCCAGGAGCCUAUCGCUGUAACUGUAUCAGUCCCAGACAACAACUUAAUGCUGACGAAUCAGCAUGUAUUGGUAUGUACAGAUUAAUUAACUUUGUGUGCCUUUGAAAACAAAUUCAUUUACUCUUUUCACUUGCCUGUUUUCUCAGGUGCCCCCUCAAUCAAAAAGUCCAACUUUCGUGCGAGUUUUAAAACAAUAAUUGCUGUUUGCCUUAAACUUAUUUUCUAAAUAAUGUCAAUUUACUCGAUUUGAUGGGUUAAAAACCGUGCCGAUGAAACAUAAAUACGCACAGCGUGCGUAUUAAAGAUUAAUCGCCACGAAUAGGAGCUCGCGUGAAUGUAAAAAACGCGAUUGGAUGUCUAAAUAAACACCUUGAAAAUUUAUAUUUUCUGCGCUCUUAUUUGGCAAUGAGCUCUUAUUCGUGCUUCCAUAAGAAAGAAAGCGAAGAAAUAUUCAACAUUAUUCACAGUUUUUACAGGAGUGAAUUGAAAAUUAAUGACAGAAAUUGCUCUCAAUGGCUUUGCUCGCUUGAAUACAUAAAAUAAAAUGUUUCCUAUCAUUAAUUUCAUGUGUGAAAUUGACUAUAAAAUGAUAUUAAUAGGAAAUUAGACUUGUUCUCCAAGUAUAAAUGAAAAAUGACAAUUGUGUUUGGGGAAAUAUUUAGUAUAAUAUACCGCCCCUGCUACGCACUCGCGGCAUUAUAAAUAUUUCGCCAAACACGCGUGCGAUUUUUCAUUAAUACUUCUUGAACCGUCUAAUUUCCUAGUCGAAUAGGAUGGGACUCUCAAAUCUCAAACUGAUUAAAUAAAUUUAGUAUAAUUUACGAAACGAUACCAUUCAGUUUAUCACUUCUGCUUCUUCUCCAUUCAGUUUAUCACUUCUGCUUCUUCUCCAUUCAGUUUAUCACUUCUGCUUCUUCUCCAUUCAGUUUAUCACUUCUGCUUCUUCUCCAUUCAGUUUAUCACUUCUGCUUCUUCUCCAUUCGGUUUAUCACUUCUGUUUCUUCUCCAUUCAGUUUAUCACUUCUGUUUCUUCUCCAUUCAGUUUAUCACUUCUGUUUCUUCUCCAUUCAGUUGAUCACUUCUGCUUCUUCUCCAUUCAGUUUAUCACUUCUGUUUCUUCUCCAUUCAGUUUAUCACUUCUGUUUCUUCUCCAUUCAGUUUAUCACUUCUGUUUCUUCUCCAUUCAGUUUAUCACUUCUGUUUCUUCUCCAUUCAGUUUAUCACUUCUGUUUCUUCUCUAUUCAGUUUAUCACUUCUGUUUCUUCUCCAUUCAGUUUAUCACUUCUGUUUCUUCUCCAUUCAGUUUAUCACUUCUGUUUCUUCUCCAUUCAGUUUAUCACUUCUGUUUCUUCUCCAUUCAGUUUAUCACUUCUGUUUCUUCUCCAUUCAGUUUAUCACUUCUGCUUCUUCUCCAUUCAGUUGAUCACUUCUGCUUCUUCUCCAUUCAGUUUAUCACUUCUGUUUCUUAUCCAUUCAGUUUAUCACUUCUGUUUCUUCUCCAUUCAGUUUAUCACUUCUGUUUCUUCUCCAUUCAGUUUAUCACUUCUGUUUCUUCUCCAUUCAGUUGAUCACUUCUGCUUCUUCUCCAUUCAGUUUAUCACUUCUGUUUCUUCUCCAUUCAGUUUAUCACUUCUGUUUCUUCUCCAUUCAGUUUAUCACUUCUGUUUCUUCUCCAUUCAGUUUAUCACUUCUGUUUCUUCUCCAUUCAGUUUAUCACUUCUGCUUCUUCUCCAUUCGGUUUAUCACUUCUGUUUCUUCUCCAUUCAGUUUAUCACUUCUGUUUCUUCUCCAUUCAGUUUAUCACUUCUGUUUCUUCUCCAUUCAGUUGAUCACUUCUGUCUCCAUUCAGUUUAUCACUUCUUGUAAAAUUUUCUGAAGUCUAAAGUUUCAUGUUGUUUGCACAUGUACUUUCUUUGGAGAUACCAUUUGUCUCCCAACAAAUUGGAAAAUAUUCAAGAUAGUGACUCUGAUUGAUUGAUUGAUUGAUUGAUUUACAUAUUGUAUUGACAUAUGACUGUUGACAUUGCUUUUCAGCCUCCAAUAUUUCCGUGAAUCAUGCUUUGGAAAUCACAAUAACUUGUUGUUACCCAUCGUUUGAGUUGUUUUGUUUUUCAUUUACCCAACUUUAUACUUACUCAAAAUUUUGUUUACCCAACCCUUUUUUCUUCGCCCCCCCCCGCCAUAAAUAAAGACAAAUUCAAUUUGACAACAAUAGUAUUCUAUCUAAAUAGCAGUUAGAAUAAAGUGUACGGCACCUGAACUGUUCAAUAUCUUGCUUGACAGUUCUUCUAUAUCCUUAAAACAUUUACAUAAUAUUAUGCAAAUACUGUAUAUUUUCAAAAUCCGCCAUAUUUAUUUACAUUAGAACGCAAGCUUUCGCGGUUCACACGAAAUAUUAAAGUGCCACUGCGAUGGAAAAUUGUGCUGUCUUUUUAUUGUAUAUUCAGAAAGUAUGUCUGUAGAUAAACAAAAUCACCAAAUAUCAGCGUCCAAUUCCAUUUCCUUCUGCCUUUUUUUUCAACGCAAACAUGCAAAUUUUUCGGCCGCCAUUACUGAGUUGCCAAUUAGCGAGAUGUUGAUUUCUUAGCCGGAUGUGACGUCAUUUACUCAACACGCUUCUUUCCCGAAGGAGAAAUUAAUAUUAUCAAAGGCUUAUACUAGGCUGUUUUUUGUUCAAAAUUAUGUCUUCUGACGAAAGCCACAGCUCAAAUUUUGCAACACAAUCAUCUUGCGAACUCUCUUUUGCCGAAGACGUUUCUUGUGAUAGCGGGGGUGAUGUAAAUAUGGAGAAAAGUGUGGAUUUGUGCGAGGCCUAUGAUACUUCAGUCGAAGCUCUUGCCACUGAAACGAAAAGUACUAUAACUGAGAGAGAGCAAGAGCAGCAAACACUGUCUGCUGAAUUGUCUGGGGAAACCUUAACGGGCACCUGGUACGUUUUGAAUUGUAUUUAUUUACGUUUUGGUUUAUAUAUUUGUGACAUAAAACAAACAUGUGAUGGCCAUGUUUAACAAAACAAAUGGUCACUGGUCUCCUUAUAAAAAAUCAUUGUCACCUCCGUUAUAUUGCACGAAACGUCUUCAAUGAGAGAUGGCUUAAAGAUGACUGUGUUGCCAAAUUGGAAAUCCUAACUCACGUAAGAAAACAUAUUAAUUUGCACAAAGUUGUGGGAAAUAUAUUUCAAUACGUAAGAAAACAUAUUAAUUUGCACAAAGUUGUGGGAAAUAUAUUUCAACUAAUAUAUAUUAAUAAAUAUAUUAUAUACUUCAAUAGUAUACUUCAAUAGUAUCUUUAAUAUAUUAAUGAUCCAUAGGUAUAAAUGUGGUAACUGUGUCCUGGCUCAUUGUUGUUUAUGUGAACCUUGUAAGAAAAAAUGCGGGAAGAAAACAUGCAUGACUGCUGCUUAUUAAACUGAGCAUCCAGCAUUUGAUAUUGGUUGUUUGAAACAUUGGGUGUUAAAACUUCCUGGUUUAAGUUACAAAACCUGAUUAAAAGGCUGCCAAAUUAUACCACUCUGUAUACCGAAGGGAAAAAGAGUGAACCAGACUAAGUAUUUCAAUGUGUAGUUCUAGGCAAUACCCCCUGCUAAUGGAAGAGAUUUUAUUAGUUAAUUAUGAACCCCCACCCCUCUAGAUUUUUCUAAUUGUCACUGACAGCUUGUUUCCCCCACCCCUAUGGAAAUUCUGAACAGUUUUUUACUACUAUCAUACUUUCAAGCAUGAUGUCGGUGUUUUAAAAAAUAUCUCGGCAAAAUGUUCAUUGUUCACAUAAACAAGACAGAAACCGUAUCUUGGCAUAUGCACAGCAAGGAAGGGGGUACCUUCUUGAACUGUUGGUAUACAGCUCCACACAAGCUUCACUACUUGAUAUGCAACUGCCCUAAGAAACAUACUUUCAAAAAGAAAAUUUAUAUAUUAACAUGACAGCUUUAAAAUUUAGUAAUCCAAAAACUAUCAUGUUAUUUGUGAGCUGUGUUCUGCACAAAAUUUAGUAAUCCAAAAACUAUCAUGUUAUUUGUGAGCUGUGUUCUGUUACACCAGGAUUCAUAAUACAAGAUCCUUGUUUGGCUUACAUAUAACUUAGCUAUAGGCUUUUCAAGUUUUCUUGUUCACAUGACAGGAUAUUUCAGUACCUUGUUCACCUUUACAGGGAUUCAAACAUUACUAAAUUCAGAAUAUGAUACUCAGAUCAUGACAUUGUAUCAGUUUGGCUGCCCCUGGCUGAUGAGAAUUUCUUACCACUCAUCGCCAGAGUAGGGAGUGCUCUUUUUCUCACCAACCUACCUGGUAGUCAUUCUUUUUAAAGAAAAACAUGCAAAUAUGUCUGGGGGUUGCCUUUUGAGGCAAUGCUUAAUGCCAAAAAUUACUCCUACAUGACUCAGUCAAAUUGCAUAGUUCCAGGAAAUAGCCAUACCCCCCGCCUCCCCCCCCCACACCCCACCCUGCUACAGAAGAGAUCGGAAAUUCAAGAGGAUAGGGGGUGGUGUUGACCAUUGCAUCAAGAUUUCCAAUGGAAUGGGGGUAUACUAAAAGUCUUGAUAUUUCCAGAGGGUAUUCAAAUACAACCAAUAUCAAAUGCUGGUCAUGCAUGUUUUCUUCCAGCAUUUUUUCUUACAAGGUUCACAUAAACAAUGAGCCAGGACACAGUUACUACAUGCAUGUUUUCUUCCAGCAUUUUUUCUUACAAGGUUCACAUAAACAAUAAUGAGCCAGGACACCCUGAAGUAUACUAUUGAAGUUUAUAAUAUAUUUAUAUUAAUAUAUAUAAUUGAAAUAUAUUUCCCACAACUUUGUGUAAAUUAAUAUGUGUUCUUACGUGAGUUAGGAUUUCCAAUUUGGCAACACAGUCAUCUUUAAGCCAUCUCUCAUUGAAGACGUUUCGUGCAAUAUAACGGAGGUGACAAUGAUUUUUUAUAAGGAGACCAGUGACCAUUUGUUUUGUUAAACAUGGCCAUCACAUGUUUGUUUUAUGUCACAAAUAUAUAAACCAAAACGUAAAUAAAUACAAUCCAAAACGUACCAGGUGCCCGUUAAGGUUUCCCCAGACAAUCCAGCAGACAGUGUUUGCUGCUCUUGCUCUCUGUCAGUUAUAGUACUUUUCGUGUAUUAUGUUUUUUCAGUGGCAAGAGCCUCGACAGGCUCGACUGAAGUAUCAUAGGCCUCGCACAAAUCCACACUUUUCUCCAUAUUUACAUCACCCCCGCUAUCACAAGAAACGUCUUCGGCAAAAGAGAGUUCGCAAGAUGAUUGUGUUGCAAAAUUUGAGCUGUGGCUUUCGUCAGAAGACAUAAUUUUGAACAAAAAACAGCCUAGUAGAAGCCUUUGAUAAUAUUAAUUUCUCCUUCGGGAAAGAAGCGUGUUGAGUAAAUGACGUCACAUCCGGCUAAGAAAUCAACAUCUCGCUAAUUGGCAACUCAGUAAUGGCGGCCGAAAAAUUUGCAUGUUUGCGUUUAAAAAAAAGGCAGAAGGAAAUGGAAUUGGACGCUGAUAUUUGGUAAUUUUGUUUAUCUACAGACAUACUUUCUGAAUAUACAAUAAAAAGACAGCACAAUUUUCCAUCGCAGUGGCACUUUAACGUCGGUGAUUUUCACAAAUAAUAAGAGGGUAGGAUCAAAGUGGGCGUUGUCAAUCGGUAACACAAUCAGCAGUCUGUGUUCUGUAUCACGUGACCUGCUCAAAUCGUUCUGAGUGCGAGGAAUCUUAUGACAUCAUAACGGCCUCGAUAAAUAUUUUGGGGACACGUUUGUGUUCCAUAUGAGGAAGUUGGGGACAUGUUUGUGCCAUAUAUGAAAGCAUCAUGGUUUCCUCCCGCUUCGAACGAUGAAAUAAUUGGAUGAUCUUACUCUCCUAUUAUUAGUGAAAAUCAUCGUCGUAAUAUUUCGUGUGGACCGCGAAAGCUUGGGUUCUAAUGUAAAUAAAUAUGGCGGCUUUUGAAAAUAUACAGUAUUUGCAGAACAUGUAAAUAUUUUACGGAUUUAGAAGCACUGUCAAGCAAGAUAUUGAACAUUUUAGGUGCCGUACGCUUUAUUCUAACUGCUAUUUAGAUAGAAUGCUAUUGUUGUCAAAUUGAAUUGGUCCUGAAGCCCGUGCUUGUACUCUAGCUGAUACUUUAACUUACCUAAUCUUACGUGACAUUGCCUUACCUUACCUUGCCUUACCUUACCUUGCCUUACCUUACCUUGCCUUACCUCACCUCACCAUACCGUACCGUACCAUACCGUACCGUACCAUACCAUACCGUACCAUACCAUACCAUACCAUACCAUACCAUACCAUACCAUACCAUACCAUACCAUACCAUACCUUACCAUACCUUACCUUGCCUUGCCUUGCCUUGCCUUGCCUUGCCUUGCCUUGCCUUGCCUUGCCUUGCCUUGCCUUGCCUUGCCUUGCCUUGCCUUACCUCACAUUACAUUAACUUACCUUGCCUUACCUUACCUUACUUUGUCUUUGGUUAAAUUCCAUCAAUUUCCAUUGAAUUUGAAUUAAAUUCCAUCGCAUUCCAUCAAUGGUCAGUGCAUUUUUUCACUAAGUGGGACAAAAAUUAACCGAUGUAUCUAUAACUUAAAUUAACAGUUUGUUGCUUACCGUUUAGUUGAAUUUAACGGUUGCCUCACCUUAAGUUCCUUUCAUUUUGAUACAAUCGAUUAUUUUCCCUAGAUGUGGCGGCGUCUAUCCAGGGUGGCAUAGUAAUUAUAAAUCGUGAAUACAAACCAGGGUAUGACGACACAAACAGCAGGGAAUAUUAUGAAAUUACGGAAGAAAUCAUCAUUGCGGUACGGAUAUCUCAAUUUUACAGUCUGAUAGUUCAUAGAAAACCAAAACAAAAAUAUCGUGCAAUAUUUUCACAUGCAUGCAUCGCUGAGCACUGUGGAAACUUUAUUUGGUUACUAAUUUAUAUAAGGACCGAAGUCUCAACACUAAUCUACUACAAUGUGACAUGUAAUCUACUACAAUGUGACAUUUGUAAAUGCUUUGAAAUUGUUCAUGCAAAUAUUCAAAACUAUAUAUUAAAAACUAUAUAUAAAAUGAAGAAUCCUGCAUAGAUAUGUUUUCAUUGCACCUACAACCACGCUUAGCUCAUCAUUGCUGUACAGAAAUCUCAAUUUCACAGUCUCAAUUUUACAGUACGGAAAUCUAAAUUUUACGUUUAACUCUUACAGAAUAAUGUAUAAUGAUUUCCGAAAUUAAUGGAGGACGUGUGUAAUAAUUAAUUACUAGACUGCUGUAAUUAAUUGUAAACAACUAUAGUUAAUGUGUUUUUGAUAUUAUAUAGCACGGCGCUUUGAGAAACAUAUUGUAAAUAUCAUACUGAAUAGGCUACCAUGUCAAAAGAAAUUUUAUUGCAGAUUAAAAAUUAACUACUGUAUACUAAUAGUGUGUCAUCUUGUAGUUGGAGGUAAAUUUCAGAAGGACAGGACUUGCAGCUAUCUUUGUCAGAAUCAUUAUAAUAAGAAUAUAGUAAGUGAUUAUAGUUUAUCUAGUACUUGUGGAUAUACUGUAUACAGGGUGUAUAAAAAAAAACUGAACAGAUUUGAAAUUGCUCUUAAUUUCGCAAAACAGCCAUUCGCAUCUAGUUUUUUAUGUAUAUAGCUUCUUUGGGUACUUAAGCCUAGUUUCCAUUUGGUCGUUAGUUGUCGCUGGCACGACAAGCGGUAGAUGUGAAAUAGUCUAAUAUAAUAAUAGCCUGUUCGUGUGUUAUAUGCAAAUCAGUCCUAAUGAUUGCAGAGUUUUAUAAAGUUUUGUUGACACACUACUUGUCGUGCCAGCGACAACUAACGGCCAAAUGGAAACUAAUAAAUUUCUCGAACUCAAAUUUUGUGAACCAGGGGGGGGGGGUCUUUUCCAACAAACUAAAAUGCGAGGACUUGAAAUCUAUUUUGAGUUAAUGGAUGGAAAAUUUGUUGAGUUUUUAAUUACUGUACAAAAUUUCAGACAAUUUGCUUUAGUUUAAGCCCUUUAACUAUCCAUUUUUUCCUAAAAAAUUAGCAUUUCGCAUGCUUAAUUAAUGCCUUUACCUAAUUUGCCUGUUGCUGACAUAUGCAAAUUGGGUAAAUGCAUUAAUUAAGCAUGCCAAUUGCUGAUUUUUUAGGAAAAGUGUAAGUUUGCGUGGAUAGUUGAAGGGCUUAAACUGAAGCAAAUUGUCUGAAAUGUCGUGCAGCAAUUAAACACCCAACACAUUUUUCGUCCAUUAACUCAAAAUACGAUCAUAGCCUUUAAAGGACAUUGGCAACCAAAAUUUUUAUUACUUAUAUCUAUUAAGUAUACUUACGGAAUAUUUAAUUUCAUAAUUUGGCCGGUUUGUCGCGUUUAGUUGCUGAGAAAAUUUGAUUGAAUUUGAGAAAAUUUGAACAGUUGUCCGCCAUUUUGAAAAUAAGCGCGUAUGCUAAUUUAUGCCACAAAAUACAUUAUCUGACGUCAUUGGCUGGGUAAACACAAUCUCAUGACUAUAAACAAUACCGUGUAUUACCACGCGUAGUGCAUUUUGAGCCAAAACAAAAGGCAGAAAAGUUUUGCUAAGUAUGUAACUUGUUUGUAACACUAUUUCUCAUAAUAUAUAUCUUACUCCGUGUUAAAUAAGCGCAGAAAUUCGAGUGUAACAAGGCAAAUACUAAUGCAAUAUUUUAUGAUGAAUUACCUGCAUUGUAAAUUGCGCCAUUUCUUGCUUUCCCAGUCGCUCGAUAUGUUUUUAUCUGAUAGUGUAGACUUCUCUUGUUUGAUUGCGAAGAGUGUUGGCCAGUAUAACGCUCAAAACGACAUAUUUUUAUUUUUUAGCUAACAUAACACGCAUGCAAUAGAAUUCUCUCUUGUAGUUUUGGUGCUACCCAGCCAAUGACGUCACAAAGUUCAUUGACCUUCGAGAUAAUUUUUCAAAAAUAUUUUCCAAGAUGGCGGCGAAACUGGCCGAAACACAAAGUUUGCAUGCAUUUUACUCGUAGACUAAAAUGUUCAAGAAGGAAAUGAUAAUAUUUUCAUAGUUCGGUUGUCAAGUAGGAUUGAAAUAGCCAAUAAAAAUUUUCGUUGCCAAUGUCCUUUAAAUCGCGUGCGCAAGCCAUUUUUAAUUUGUCGGAAAAGACACCACCCCCCCUGGUUUGCAAAAUUUGAGUUUGCGAAUUUUUUUUCAUUAUUCUACAUUAUAAGUACCCAAAGAAGCCAUAUAUAUCAAAAACUGGCUACCAAUAGCUGUUUUGCGAAAUUGAGAGCAAUUUCUAAUCUGUUCAGUUUUUUUUUUUAUCAAAAUAGAUUCAAACAAUUAUUUUAUUUCUGAAAUCCUUUUUGAAUACUUGCAGUCCAGGAUCGGUGGGCGUCGACUACGUCGCAACGUUUAACAACACAAAUGGAGUGAAUAAUCAAAACUUACAGCAAGAAGUGGUCAGUCAAUUGAAUAUUACAAAUAAUGGCACAUUUCUUUCUGACAGCGAUCUUCAACUGAGCGAGGUUUUGACAUUUCAAGGUAGAUGAGCAUGUAAUCUUAUAUAAAGCUUAUUAUACUAUUCACCGAAAAAUGUGUUGUACGGCCUGUGUUCCAAUCCACUACAUCGUUGCGUGUGGACUAUGCAAAUAAUCUUAAAUUUCUUCUCCAUCGAUUUCCACAAAACGUGAGAAAACUUAUGCAUGACUCAGAAAAUAUUAUGUAAAUUAUAUUUCAUGCUUGUAUUCAAGACUUUAAACUGUAAGCACUAGCACAUAGGCUAUAUAGUGGGACGUGUCUGUGAUUAAAAAGCAAUUCAACUACCGCAUUUAGCGCGUCAACGGGGCUCAAUUUAGGAAAGAACAAGAUUGAAAUAUUUGAAAUCAUUCUGCACAGAAUAUGAAAUCAUAUUCGGCAGAAGUUCAUGCUUUCAUGAAACCAAUGUCCUUUGAAGUCGAAGUCGGUGGCCAUAUUCAGACGUUCUAUUAAUCAUUCUAUAUAUUCGAUAACAUUCGGUGAUAUCUGGUUGAAUUAGCUAUGUAUAAAUUGUCUUGAACGUUUAACGAGAAAUUUGAGAUCUAUAUUUUACAGUCCACACACAAUGGUGUGCUGGAAAGCAGGCUAGUAAUUGCAGUGUUUUUAAAAAGACAAUGAAUAUAUUUCUAAAUAUGAGAAAUUUGUUAUACCAGAAAGAAUAGAAAUAGGAAGAAUAGUGCGAAUUUUGCAUAGCAAACAAGUUUUCGCUCGUUCUGAUUUGUUUGCCUGGUUUCCAUUAAAUAGCAAAUAUCGCAAUAGUCGUGUGCAAGAAUCGUGGAAAUGACUGAUUGCGAUCUCUGCGACUACGAUUGGUCGUGAUACCGCUGAUACGACUCAUGUGGUUCUUGCGAUUUAAUGGUUGAGCAGUAAAUGAGGCGCAAUAUUUGCAACAUAGAUUACUAGCAAAUAAUGAGUUUCAAACGAAAGGCAACCGUCCUUGCAAGCAAAGUUGCAUAAUCACAGUGUCGUCACAAUUUAGUUGAAACGAAUGUUUUAGCUCAAAUCAAGUCCGACUGUGCGUUCAAGUUAAAUUAUAAGGUGCUUGUUUAAAAAGCAUUUCAAAAUAUAGGAACAUGGACUUUCUUUGGCACUUCCAUAGAAUUCAAAACCAAUUUCAAUUCUUUGGAUUUGCUCACCUUGCCUUUUUAAGGCGAUGUCACACGGAACGAUUUUCAACAAUGAUUCGCAACGCAACGGGAUGUCGAACCACUUGUAUUGCAAAUCGUCGUGGAAAAUCCUUCCUUGUAACAUCGCCUUUUCGAACCUUCGUUUUGUUGAUUGAAAACAACGUGUAAGUGGAAUGUUUUUUUUUGGACUUUACUUUCAGAUUACGACGAAUGCAACCCUGCACAGAUUAUCCAUAUACCUGAUUGUGGUAACAAUGCAACAUGUGCCAAUACAAAUACAAGUUAUGAUUGUGUCUGUAAUGACGGAUUUAUUAACAAUGGCACUGGAUGUAUCAGUAAGUACGAGCAUCCCCUGUAUCCCACAUAAACGUAUAGCUAUACUUAAGGUGGGAUAUCUAAGGAUAUCUAUACGUGUCAACGAAACCGAUUUUGUGUCCACUUCCCUCGUAGAUUCUUACAAUUCGAAAAUCAUCGUAAUGUGAAAUUUUUCGAAAAUCGUAAGGUUAAGUAAACCUUUUUUCUCGAUUGAAGACGUGCACAUGCAUGUGGCCGGAAGCUGGCCAUGCUUUGAAAACAAAUAAUUUACACCAGCUUUUGUGUUUUUUUUGGGACUGAAUUUAUUUUAAUUUCGCUUAUUUCUUUAUCAGUAACUCCCACAAAACGGCUAGCCGCCAUUUUGCAAAUUUCGGUUUUGUUAUAUUCAUCUUACAGUAAUUUAAUUUAAUUUAAAAAUUUAUAUUGCGCGUGUUACAUAGAAAGAUGCUCACUCGCGCAUUACAUCAAAAUAGAAAAUUGGAAUAUUACACUAAUUUAAAAACCGUCCUACAAUAAAUCUAAGAACCUACAGGGCUGCUAUAUAUUACUUGUCCUAAUUAUGACAGCAUGGAGGAAAAUGUCUUCAUAAAAAAAUGGGUUUUAAGCAUUUUCUUAAAUGAUGCCACAUUGCAGGCGUUACGAAUUUCAGCUGGGAGGCUGUUCCACAGCGUAGGUGCAGCCACUUGGAACGAUCGGUCACCCAAAGUGGUUAGUGUUUUUGUUCCCGGUUUCUCAAGCAACAGUUCAGUAGAUGAUCGUAGAUUGUAUCUGGAUGCAACCUUGAGUUUGAUGAGUUCAGAAAUAUAUUCAGGAGCGAGACCAUUAAUUGCCUUAUAAGUAAUAAGUAAUAUUUUAAAGCUAAUUCUGUAUCUAACAGGUAACCAGUGUAGUUUAUACAGCGCAGGGGUGAUGUGAUCAAAUCGAUUAAUAUUACAAAUCAGUCUUGCUGCGGAGUUCUGUACUCGUUGGAGUUUGUAUAUCUGAUUGGCGGGCAGACCAUACAAGAGACUGUUACAAUAGUCGAGUCGACUCGUAACGAAAGCGUUAAUAAGAAUUUGUGUAGUAUCAAAGCUGAGAAAUUUUCUGAUACGUUUGAUAUUAAAUAGAUGGAAAAAUGCUGCUUUACAGCAUUUAUUGAUGUGUAAGUCCAUUUUCAGUUGCGAAUCGAACCAGGAGCCGAGAUUCCUUACUACGCUAGAUGGUUUGAUAAUUUCGUCUCCGAUGCACAGUGAAUCAACACUUACUUUUGCCAACUGUUGCCUUGUUCCGAUGAUGAUGAACUCCGUUUUAUCAUCAUUUAACUUCAGUUUGUCUGCCAGCAUCCAUUUCUUGAUGUCUGUGAUGCAAUCUUGCAUUGCCUUAAUGGCAGCGGAUUGCUCGAUCAUAGAGGCAGGUUUGAAUGAAAUGUAUAAUUGCGAGUCGUCUGCAAAUGCAUGAACAUCUGGUAGGUGGCUUUCAAGAAUAGUAAACAGUUUGCUUGCAUAGAUGACAAACAAGACAGGACCAAGACAAGAGCUUGCGGAACACCAUACUUCAUUUCAAAUUAUCUGGAUUCACCACCGUUGAUAGAAAUACAUUGAGAUCUGUUCUCGAGGUAUGAUUUAAACCAAGUUAGUACACGACCUGUGAUACCAAAGCUAGAGCGUAGUCGAUUCAGCAGGAUGGUAUGGUCAACAGUAUCGAAUGCUACACUCAAAUCAAGCAGUACCAAAAGAGUUACGUGUUGUUUAUUCAUGUUCAUCAAGAUGUCAUUUUUCACACGUAGAAGAGCAGUUUCAGUACUAUGAUAUUGGCGGUAGGAAGAUUGAGCUUUAGGGUAAAGUUUGUGAGUGGUAAGGUGGUCAUGGGUUUGAUUAAAGACAGCUCGUUCCGUGAGUUUGGAAACAAAUGAAAGGUUGCUGAUGGGACGAAGAUUAUCAAAUAUAACCUCAGCUUUUGACUUCUUUAAGCCUGGGUGGACUUUAGCCAGCUUCCAGUUCUCAGGGAAACAUCCGGAUUGCAGGGACAAGUUUAUCAUUCUUGUAAUUACCGGCAGAAGUACAUCCAGGCAGUGGACCACAAGAUGAGUGGGCAUGGGGUCCAAAGAGCAUGAUUUUUUGCUUGAGCAUGGGGUCCAAAGAGCAUGAUUUUUUGCUUGAGAUAAUCUGGUUAACAUCAUCCUCAGUUAAUGUCUUGAACGAGUCCAGUUGAACAUUAGGCAUUAUCUGUGGUUCACUUGUAGGGUUGUCAUAGGUGGCUGCACUGUCAAGUUCUUGUCUAAUGCACUCGAUUUUCUUGGCGAAGAAGUCACCUAUAUCAUUCGCAAGGACUGUAUUAUCGCUGUAUUCUGGAAAAUGCAAAUCAGUUUCUUGAUUAAAAAGAAAUUUGGCAGACUUGAACAGUUUACGAUGAUCGCUGCUAUUCUCUUGUAUGAAGGUGGUGUAGUACUCAUUACGUGCGCGUUUCAUUACAAAAGUGGCUUGAUUUUUCUUUGAUUUAUAAACAAGGAAGUCACCAUACAGUUUAGUCCGUCUCCAUUUCCUUUCAGCUCGUCUUCGUGCUCUUUUCGCUAACUUGACUUCCUCAUUAAACCAAGGAACGGUCGGUCUUUUUACAACUGUUUUGUGAUUCAAAGGCGCAUGUCGAUCCAAUGAUGAUGACAAUGUAUGGUUAUAGCAGUCAACAAGAUCAUUGAGCUCCAUUGAAAGCAUGUUCUUGCAGAGAUCUGAGUUGGAGAGAUCGUUGCAAAGAGCAUCGACAUUGAUGGAUUUAACUUUCCUGUAGGAUAUAUGGGUUUUCUUAAGACGAGGCUUGUUAACUAGAAGGUUACAAUGAACAGGCAUAUGAUCUGAAAAAAUGUAAUCAGUUCGAGGUGGAGAAGUAACAAUAUUUUCAGAAUGUCUUGUUAUUAUGAGGUCAAGGGUAUGUCCACGGAUAUGAGUUGGGACAUUGACAUGUUGCUGUAGACCUGUACUCUCGAGUAGCUCCUGAAGUUUGACAGCAUCAACGUCAUCAAUCACAUCAACAUGUAUAUUGAAGUCACCAGUUAUCAAGAGCUGGUCAGUACAGAGGACUGCAGAUUCAAGGAAUUUAGCAAACUCAUCAAAAAAUAUUGUGGUAGAUACGGGAUGCAGAUUCAAGGAAUUUAGCAAACUCAUCAAAAAAUAUUGUGGUCCGUGGUAUGGUUAUAUCGGAGUAUGGUAUUCUGUAGACAACGACUAGACGAAUACGCCGGGACCCUGCUUUUAUAUUCCACUCAGAGUAUUCAAAAGAUCGGAGUUCUGCAGCGGAUACUCUGUUAACAGUCAAAUUAUUCCUGAACAGCACUCCAGUGCCACCACCAUGCCGGCCGGAUCGUGGGUGGUCCAAGAGUUUAUAGCCUGUGGGCGUGCAGAGGGACCUAGCAGCAGUUUCAUGUUCAUGAAACCAGGUUUCAGUUAAAGCAACAAUAUCAGGUUGAUGAUCACAUAUGAAAUCGGUAAACUCAGCAGCUUUGUUGUUGAGUGAUCGAGUAUUCAUAAGACAAAAGCUAAGGUUUUUGAAGUUGUUAGGUAAGAGCAAACUAUUAUUAAUAUUGACGCUGAUACAGUUGAUUGGGCUCCGAAAUACAUUCCAUUGCUGAUGUAAAUUCAUUCUUUCAGUAAUACGCACGGGAAUACUUAAAUUAGUGGCAGAACUUCUCUUCUGUUCUAUUACUGAUUGUUGAGUUUUAGGUUGAUAACUUUCCCAUCCUGGGUUUUGUUCGACAUCACCAGAUAGUAAUAACAAUCUUCUUGUCGCAGUUGAAUUCGAAUAAUACAUAGCCCUAGAUUUAGAUAGCUUUCGUUUCUUAAAUUCAUUAAGCGAAACCGGCCCAAUUAAAAACAAAUCCCGACCUGUACGUUUCAACAGUAUGCAAAUCUGGGCACGAUUAGCUUGGCUGAACACCGUCGUAAAACCAAAGGGCCAGACAUAAAUUCGUUGUAUUUCUUGCUCAUUUCCAAAAUAUUGUUUAUCAAAAACAUAUUCCUCCGACAAGCAAUCACAGCCGAUUAAAUCACUAUUAAAAGCGACAGUUCUCGAACUAGCUAACGUAGUAAAAUGGACUAAUAGCGUCCUAUCCCGUUCUGCAUGGUUAAGUAACUUGUAAAAGUCGACCAGUAAACUCGAAGAUUCCAGCUUAAUUUCAUAACUUUCCCCUUUAAACACGAUAUCUGUUGAAGCAGAAGCUUCUCCUGACGAGGAACAGCCAAAUCCAACAACCUCAGGACCAAAAGACAAGAAAAUGCAUACAAAAAACAAGGAGCUCAAAAACAUACGUCCGUACAUGAUUGUUGGUGAUUGCAUUUAGGUGAAUUAACAACUUAAUACGUUAACUUUGACCAAUCAACUUGUAGGAUUUGCUAUAUUCACUUGUGCAAAAAUUGUGCAAAAUGAUAUUCAGUCAUUCGUCAUGCAGAAAAUCAAACAUAGUCAAUACCGAAAAGUAUAGAUCACCUCUCAUAAGUUCAAAACCAUAAGUUUUUUUCCGUCCUCUUAUAUUACAUAGAACAAUAACCUUUGUAGCCAUUCAGGUACCUCAAUAAUGUUGCUUUUGCCAGAGUCUAUCAGAACGAGUUUUAAUGUGACAACUUUAUUAUUUUUCAGUUCCUGGACAGAUUCACAUUUAACGUUGUCGUGUUGACACAAUUAAUUACAUUAUUUAUCAUAUACAUGAAAAAAUUACUGAAAUCUGAUUGAAUAAGAGGAGUGCAAUUAUUUCAUUAAUUGCGCUUAACAAUUUGAAACGAGUCAACAAUUUACUUAGUUCGAACAAGAGCAGAAAAUGAAAAUACACAAAAAAUCACUGACCUAAACUCUCUGGCUGAACUUUCAAAAUUUUGAACUUGAACAAUUGUUUAUUGACGAAUCAAGAACUUGCGAUGGGUUUUUAUGUGAUUCGCUUGGACAUUUUGAAUAAAUAUUUGUACUUCACAUUAUAUCUUAACCAUUUAUUGUUAAGGAAGACGUUUAUAUUUCAAAAACUAAUCUAUUUUACUAUCGUUGAUUUGUGAGUGAACAGAUAUAACGUUUUUUAAAUUUAACUAUUAAAUGACCUGCCCAUUUAUAGCACAAAGAACUGUGCUGAACUUUCAUGAAUAGUGUUGAUGGGUACUGAUCAUGUUUGACAUUUGAUCUCAGUACCUAGCUGAUGAUUUCGUUCAUACGACUUUUUCAGAUAUGAUUGAAUUUACUGAGUAAAACGCAUACCACGCUGAAAGCGGAUUUAGGUCUUUUCAGGACGCUAAUCCGAAAAGAUACUGUGAAAAGAUGGUGAAGAUGUUGUUUUUUGACUAGUCUGUCAUUCUUUUCCAACUGUUUAAUGUGUGGCUUAAUUUUUCUGACUGUUGAAACUGCAAUGUAGCAAGAGAAAAGCAAUAUUUUAUUUGUAAACCUGAAUAAUUUGUAUUGCCACACAGUGGUGCGACAAGAGCAUAAAAUGAAGCGAACUAAAAAUAUAUUUGUCGGAUGUCGUUGCUAUUUUCGAUUAAAUAACUAACUACAUGGUCAUUUUCUUGAAAUAAAUUCCAAACCUCUAUAAUAUUCUAUGAAAGAUGCUGUAGAGUGGUUUCACUGACCAAGAAAUAAAUUAAACUUUUGCAAUUGAAAUUUUGCAAAUGUUUCGGACUUUGCACUUUCCCUUCGCGUGACCAUCUUUAUUCAUUUUUACAAAUGCACAUAUCAUGAGACGUACGGGAUGUACCGCGGAAAAUAUCAAACAGCAAGACAUUUUGAGAAAAAAUCAGGAAAGAUGAAAGAAAACAGACACGUUAUUAAAAAUAUUAGCUACAAAGUAUGUUAGGAUCCCCUCCGUCGCCAACAUUUUCGGGGAAAAUUUUUUACGUUGGACAAUUUAUGGAAAUUAGGCAACCCCCCUACCCAAAGGAAAAAAAUAAAUCUGUUCUCUCAUCACUGCGCUGUAAUGGUAACCUUUUUGGGGUACAAAUGGGGGGGGGGGCACUAUCAUGUUGCCAUGCCAACCAUACUAAAAUUGGCAUACAGUAGUUAACCGCACGUACUUAGAAAUGCCAAAAUUAUUAUUGUGUUGUAUUGUGUUGAGCGCCUAUCGUGUGAAGCUUUUUGCAGUUGAGAUAUUAUAUAUGCAAGAUUAAAGCUGAUAAUCAUUUAUAUGUUAAUUCAUUUUUAUGAUUCUAGACAUUAAUGAAUGUGAUGGUAAUACUGACAACUGUAGCGGUAAUGCUACCUGCCAAGACACAGAGGGUUCAUUUGAAUGUACCUGCAAUGCCGGAUAUACUGGGAAUGGAGUUACCUGUCGAAGUAGGUGGAUCAGAAAUUUUGGUUAAUAUGUUAUAUAAACUAUAAUUAGGAAUUAGGCUUUUUCAAUUAUGUAAACGUUUGUGAGGAUUGGAAAUUUAUAAAUAGAAAAUGUAUAAAUCUUUAUUCCUUUGGUGAAUAAUAUUUGCCUCACCUUGACUACGUUCCCACGAAACUGGAAGAAUACGGAAAUAGAUCUUUCUUAUAAUGCCAUCAUUUGUGGAAAAACACUUAAAUUAUGUCAAGGGAAAAUUUUUAACGACAAUUCGCAUUGCAAAUGAUGUUUUUAUGCGGGACAUCAGCGUUUGACCUCAUUAUAAGAAAUAUCUAUUGACUAUUUGUCCAGUUUCAAUUUGUCGCGCGACUAGCCGUAUUUCACACCCUUAAAAGGGUUUUCAGCCAAAUCUUAUAUAUAGUUAAUCUCAAUUAACUCACAUGACAUAGAUUAUGUGAAUAUAAAAAUACAGAAUGGCAUCCAUAUACACAUAUGCUGAUAUAUACAUCCAUGUACAGUACACAAAUCAUAUCAACGUGUGUCCCGUGUGAUUGCAGUAAGUAAUUUCACAGUGUCAGAUUACUCUCAAUUGCUGCUUCACGCCAUACAACGUAGCGAUAUUUUUUCUUGAAUUAAAAUGCUGGUAUUCCAAAAACUAAGCUAUUUUACAAUCGUUGAUAUGCGAGUAAACAAAUAUAACUUUUUUAAAAUUGAACUAUCAAAUGACCUGCACAUUUAGAGCACAAAGAACUGUGCACAACUUUUGUGAAUGGUAAUGAUGUGUACUGAUCAUUUUUGAAAUUUGAUCUUAGUACCUAUGGUUGAUGAUUUCGUUCAUACAUUUUUUUCAGAUAUUAUUGAAUGUACCGAGGAAACCGACACAUGCCAUGACAAUGCUACAUGUAUUGAUACUGACGGUUCGUUUAAUUGUUCUUGUAAUUUUGGCUACACAGGGAACGGAUUCGAUUGCGAAGGUUAGUUUUCAAUAACUGCAUUAUUAACAAGGAAGAGCUUUUAUUAUCGUCGAUAGUAAUUAAUAAACCUAUUCAGAGUAUCGACCAGGGCCGGAUCCAAAUGAUGCGUACUGUGAAAGGAUAAAAUUGCAGUUGAAUCAUAAAGGGGUUAUAAAACAAUAUAAUUUUUAGUCGUGUGUUAUUGUCGAGAAUCACAGCCCAAACAUCUGAAGAGUAAAACGCCUAAUGGUAAAGAAAUCUGUCCAGCACCACGAAAGCCGCGAGUUUGAUUCUUGGCUGAGCCAGGUUUCACAGAAUAACCAUGUGGAAAGUAUUUAUACCUCGAGUAAUUUACAUCUUCAAAUGACAUUGAAUAGUGAAAUACUUUGAUGUUUCAGCUAUAUGUUAUGAUUCAACUGCAAUUUUGGAUACACAUUCAAUACUAUGCCCAAAUUGGCUUAUACUGUAAGACCCAUACUAAAAACUAUAUUUGGAAAUGCAUGUUACGCCCCUCCCCGCCUACCCUGGCCCAGAGGUUUUUUUAGGUUUGGCGAACGCGAAAUGCGAGAAAACGCGCGAAGAAAAAGGAAAAACCUCUGGUGAAUUUGUUAGCGAUUCCUGGUUCGGAUAAAGAAUGCAAAAAAUGUAUAAUGGCUUAAUGCAUCAUAUUCUAAAAAUAUUAUCCAAUCAUUGGCCAGGCCGUCUAGACAGGAUUUUAUCGCAUGUUUACUGUCCAGUGUAUGCCUGCCCAUUUGUAGCAAUAUUCAUUCUCCUGAAUUUCAUUCAAUUUAAAACGUCACAUCUAUUCAAUUUAAUAUAAAUAUAUAUUUAUAUUCAUUCACUUUAAUCUUGCAAUAUACAUUCAAUUUAAUCCUGCAAUAUACAUUCAAAAAAAUCUGUAUUUUAUAAAUUUAUUAAACACACCUCUUUGGGCCGACGUGAACUUUUAAAUUUAUUAAACACAUGCACCUCUUUGGGCCGACGUGAACUUUGUCUGUUAAUACAAAAGCAAGCAAAUUUGUCUUGUAGAUUUCAAAUGAAACCAUUCCUUUCCAUUUCGCAUUUCGAAUAAUAGACUCGGGAUUACAAAAUGCGAAUGUAAACUCUCCAUCUAGUAUUGCUUUCUCGUCCUCUUCGUUUGACAGUGAAGUAACGCGGCAUCCACGCUUUCUUAGUUCACGGACGUGAGAGUCAAUGAAAGAGUUCAAUUUGCAAAUGACACGUGAGAGUCAAUGAAAGAGUUCAAUUUGCAAAUGACUACUUUUGAUUAAGAUGGCUUUCUCCAGAAAAUUGUGGCUUUUGCCAAGUCGUCGUGCUACUCUCGGUGUUAAUAGAACUUUGGAAUAUUAAACUCUUCCCAUAACCGAUAGCAAGAUGCAAAUACAUCUUUAAUGUGAAUCAAAUUGGACAAGGCGCGGUAUUGAUGCUCCGUUAAACUUUUAAUUCAGGAAAUUUAUCAAUCUAUCUAUUAAUGCAGUCUAUAAAACUGUUUCUUUUAACUUUUGUUCGUUUAUUUAAUAAUAUAGACAUUUCAAAAUUCAAAUGUUUCAAUUCAAUCAAAACACGAAACGCCUGCGAACAGGCUAUGAUGUUUACAAUAUCCAAUCAGAACACGUAGUCUAUCGAACCUAUAGUCAGCAGCCAAUCAACUCUUUGCUUCCAUUUUUGAAAGUUAUGUGUGGAAUGUGAACCCAAAAACUACGCCAAUUUCACCAGAGGGUUAUUCAAAACAGGCGAAAAUAAAUACCCUCUGGUUCCAGGGUACUCCCCGCCCCCUCCUCAAGAAAACUGGGAACGUUGUCCCAAGUUUGGACAUUUCAAAAUGACAGCGAAUGCUAAAUGAAUCCUGAGAUCUAAAUAAUUAUGCAGAAAGAAAACGUAUUGUUUUCAAAAGCAGAUAAAAUUCAUGCAAAGUUCAGCCGUUUAUAACCUUAGUUUGAUAUUGAAGGUAUGGUUUGUUUCAUCAAGGUCAACUACAAUUGGUCUAUUAUUCUACUAAUUUAAACGUUAGUUCAAGCAUCAAAGACCUUGGCUGAAAAAUUCUUGAAUUACAACGUCAAAUUGGUGAAGCUGUCAUGGUUUAUAUUAGUCUCUAAAUGGACUUGCUCCAGGUUAUCUAAGUUCGAGACUUGUUGACCGCAGUAGCGUCACCAAUUAUCAACUCAGAAAUACUGAGGCCAGCCUUGCUAUUCCAUUAUCACGCACCAAUUUUCUGAAAAAUUGUUUUAGCUAUAGAGGUGCAGUUCUUUCGAAUAGCCUUCCAAUUGGGUUGCGACAGGUUAAAACUCUAAGUGAAUUUCGCUCUGGCUUCAUCAGUUUCUUAUCUUAACCUUUUUUUAUCUAAAUUUUAAGAUGUUUAUAUUAUUCUGUAUAUAUAGUCAUAUGCACGGCACUCGUGGAAAGCAGGUUGUUUCGUUUUUAGAUUUUGUAAUUUUAAUUAUUUCGUGUUAUAUCUGUAAAUAUGUAUAUAUAGAUGUACGUAAUGUCUUUUGUAAAUCCUGAUGAGUCUACCGUGUUUAAAUAAAGUUCAAUACAAUACAAUACAAUUUUGUGCCUUUCUAGAUGUUGAUGAAUGUGCUCUUGGUACUGAUAACUGUCACGAUAAUGGAACAUGUGAUAACACAAAUGGUUCAUUCGCAUGUACCUGCAAUAGCGGCUAUUCUGGAGAUGGUAUUACUUGUGAAGGUAGGUUAAGUAUACUGGCAAUAAAUAUAAUGUACAAGAACUGUUACACCAUUGUUUUUAUAACUUAACAAAUAAUUUCGAAACUAUUGUUCCAGCACAAAGCGGUUACUAUUAUGCCAUAGAAACUGCCAGCUAGGUAAUUGUUGCAAAAUCGGUGGUAAUAAAAUAUCAAAAUAGUACAAAAUUUAAAGUUGACAAAGAUGAUUUUGAAAAUCACGUGCUCAUGAGCUUUCGCUCACUCGUUUGUGCGGCCUUCAACAUGUAUAUGCCUGCUGCCUGUUUGUUUUUCACUCAACUCACAAAAAGUUCUUAGUUGAGAAAAUGUUAUUAAGCAUAGUUUUUUGGGCCGAAAUGUUUCAUGUAUAGGCAAAUUCUUGAUUAACCGGUACUAAAUUGAACGAGGUACUUAUCGUCAUAACUUUGUUAGAUUAACUAUACAGUAUAACAAGUUAGCAGCACCAUCAAGCAAGCUUGGCAAAAAAAUUCAACAUUUCGGGUCAACGUUGUAACUUGUAACAACGAUGUAACGAAACUAUUGAUAUUCCAAGGGCACUUUUUUAUGAAUUUCUCCUUGGUAGUUGAGACAAAACUAAAACUGCCUAGUUUAACCUGCAGUGAAUGUGCAAUCCACAAAGGCACCACCAAGUAGUGGGUUUGUAAUAUUAUGUAACUGUUGGGUUUUUGUGACAAUUAUAGAUAUCGAUGAAUGUGAUCUUGAAAGAGACAACUGUGACGGUAAUGCUACAUGUCAUAACACAGAUGGUUCAUUUGAAUGUAAUUGCAGAAACGGAUAUUCUGGAAAUGGUGUAACUUGCGAAAGUAAGUGGACGACAAAUUUGGAAUAUGUAUUAAAUCAUACAUAGCUACAUUUUAUUUGAACAAUGUUAAGUACCAGGUGGAGGUCCGUACUGAAUAAAAAUUCUCCCGAGGAUUCAAAGGGUAAAUAUUUUUAGUACGGACCGACCUAAAUGGUAAGUACUCUAUUUGUAUUCUUGUUUGAUGCUCAUUGGAAUUCUUAUAAAAUUCCAUCAUUGCAAAGUAGAUUUGAGAUCAGUUGCGUUUGUUACUUUAGUCCAAGCAUGGCUGACAAACUACUAAAACACCAAAAAACACCAUAAAACUAUUUGACCAAAUUAAGGCCAUGAAUCAUGCUUAACGUGCCGUUUAAGGUAUUGUUUAUGUUUGAGGACAAGCUGUAUGUUGUUGGAAAAAAUCAUCUAAAUAGUCUGUUGGGUAGUUUGGUUUAACCACUUUUGUUAGCCCAGGAAUAAAUCAACCCCGGUUUUUAAAGGCACAGUUCAGCCUUUUGAACGAUGGUUUGUAAGGCGCAUUUCAGCUCUUUUAAUUGAAAAAACUAACUAGGAAAAUCAAUUAAGCAUAAUUCAAGAUCACCAAACUCAAUGUUUUUAACAUUUUAAAACAUUUUUAUUGUUAAAAACAUCGAGUUUACGGAUUUUGAAUUAUACUUAAUUGAUUUUCCUAGUUAGUUUUUUCAAUUAAAAGGGCCGAAAUGCGCCUUAAAAACCAUCGUUCAAAAGGCUGAACUGUGCCUUUAAGCAACCCGCUCCAGACCUUUAAAGCAUUCAAAUGUUCGUUGGUUGUUUUUAACAAAAAUUUAUUUAACUAAAUCAAAAUUACUUGCCAGACAAUCAGUCGUACUGCAAUAUUCAAUAAAACUUUCUAGAUAUUGAUGAAUGUACAGCCGAAACGCACAAUUGCCAUGACAACGCUACAUGUAGAGAUAAUGACGGUUCGUUUGAUUGUACAUGUGUUUCUGGCUACACAGGAAGUGGAACUUCGUGCGAAGGUUAGUUCUGAAUACUGAUUAUAAGUCGAUAUAUUGGGCCAAAUGGAAUACAAAUUUUAUUUAGCAUUUUGUAGAAAUGUUCCAUUUCUAAAUGCUUAGCAGCAUCUGUACAGCGACUCUGUUAUUUGUUAUAAUGCUUAGCAGCAUCUGUACAGCGACUCUGUUAUUUGUUAUAUGUUAUUUGUUAUUUGUUAUUUGUUAUUUGUUAUUUGUUAUUUGUUAUUUGUUAUUUCUUUUCGUGUGUUAUUUAUAUUAUCAGAUAGCAGCAACUUUUUAAUAGGCAUGUUUAAUAUGCAACUUAAAGGAAUUUUUCGUGUGUUAUUUAUAUUAUCAGAUAGCAGCAACUUUUUAAUAGGCAUGUUUAAUAUGCAACUUAAAGGAAUUCUCAAGAAGUGAAUAAUUUUAGACUCACAAAACCUUGACGAAUUUCGCCACUGGUUCGAUCAAGAUGGAAAUGAACAAAGUUAAUUAAAAUGAAAAUUAAAAUUUCACUGAGAAUAGCGGUUGCUAAACAUUUUAAUUCAAUAGAAACAUUUGAAAAAUGGUUCUAUUAAAUCACAGAAACAAAUUAUUGUACCUGAAUAACGACGUAUGUAAACAUCUCAGUAUUUUUUUUUAAUUUCCAGAUAUCGAUGAAUGUUCUACAGGAAGUCAUAAUUGUCAUAACAAUGCUUUAUGUACGAAUACCGUUGGUUCCUUCGAAUGUGAUUGCGAUUCAGGAUUCCAAGGAAAUGGAACUGACUGUGAAGGUGUGUUUAAAGUGAACGCAUGCUAAGUUAUAAUCUAUGACAAAUUGUGUACCCUGAAGGGACUAAAAUACUGACCAAAUACUGUAGUUAUUGAUAAUGCGUCAUAUUCCUCAUUUAGACAUCGAUGAAUGUAUCAACGGUACAGAUAAUAAUUGCUCACCAAACGCCAUAUGUAAUAAUCAAAUCGGAACCUACGAAUGUGUAUGUAGAGAUGGAUAUCAAGGGACUGGGACACAAUGCGGUUAGUAAAGUCACAGAGUAGAGACAUACAGAGCUGUAACUGACCGUCGUAAACACUGCGGAAGCUUACGUUUUCAUGUACCCACUUUUUUUCAGGCGACCGGGCAAAAAAUGAUCAACUGCGCGUGCUCAGCAAGUUUAAAGUGAGUCGUCAUCAGGUCGUCAUCCAAUCAGAUGCAUGCAUCUAGUAACUUGCCGAGCAUGCGCACAAAAAAGUGGGUAUACUAGUUACAACUCUGUAUGUCUCUCCUCUGUGGUAAAGUAUUAUGAAUUUAUAUUUGAAUUCUAUGCAUACGUUGUGUUUUAGUUUAUGGGACAUUUUGCAAUUACUGGAACCUGAUUGUCUCUUAGCAGUGCAUAUUCACCACGAAUCCCACUCUGGGGAGUGGAAUUUUAAAAUUGCUUGCAUCCGCUGCAAUCGUAACUUUCUUAAACCAAUAAAAUUUAAUGACAGGAUUCAAAUAGCCAAUCAAUUUUAGGAAAGAUGUGAUCAUGCAAGAGAACAAAUCAAAUCUGAUCAUCAUUGGUGUUGUAAAAUUUGUAUUACUGGUCAAUAAAACUUUAGCUUACUAAUUAUUUUUGAAUAAAGUAUAUAAGCUGGGCAAAUCUAAAAAUACCAAAUAAUUUUUAAAUACUAACAGGUAAAUUAGAAACAAAGUCUUCUAUCACAUAUGGCCGAAAUAAUAAAGUGACAGGCGCAAGACAACGUAAAUUCGUUCCGACGUUUGAAUGCACAAACCUGUAACAAAACCAUAUCAAAUUACUAAAAAGACAUAUAAUAUUUCUAAUUUAAACUCACUUUUAGUCUUCAUCGAUUGGAAACUUCUUCAGUUUUUCUGGAAACAUUUACGAUUUAAUGAAUGUUCAGUUUGUUUGGUGAUUGCUAUACUAUAAGGCAUUUAGGAGAAUAUCGGGGUGUCUUUUGUGAACAAAAAUACCAUUUCCGGUUUACAAAUUGCUUCAGAUUUCAAAAUUGAACUUCGUUUCGUGCAAUUUUGGUCUGUAAUCAAACUUGCCGAUUACAAACCGCACGGAAAAUUUCUUUCUUUAUAUUUCUCUGUGGUAUAUUAUAAAAAAAUAUAUAAAACAUAUUUGCGUAUUGAUAUUCAGUUAUUAAAAUUGUGAAAUUUCGAAAUUGUAUCAAAACACUCCGCCCCUCCGCUAAAAAGACAUAUAAUAUUUGUCAUUUCCCCAAAAUUUGGAAAAAGUUUAAAAUUUGUUAAACAAAAAGCGAUAUAAAAAGAUAAAAAGCGUUCUUGACAAAAACACUUGACCCCCCCCCCCCACCUGAGUAGAUAUGACGUCAUAUCCAACCCGAGAAUACGUCGGCAUCAGGUCUCCGGCCAUCAAAUGUGUUAGUAUGAAUAGAGAGCAAGGCUGCUAAAUAGACCGACUUAACUCGGUAUGAAAAUUGCCUAUUUCAAUUGUAUUUAUAAAAUUUUGAGAAAAGUAAUAUUUUUGUUUUAUUGGCAUGCUAGACAGAAUGUAUUGUUUCAUUUGACUGAAAAGAACUGUGAAAUGUGUAAAUAAACAUUGAAAUCACAAUUUACAUACCAAAUUGAUUUCAGGGUAAUCUUACCGUACCUGAACAUACUAUCUCAAACUCAUUAAUAAUUUAUGAGUAAAUAUCCGACCGUAUUGCUUCAUUUUGCUCGCAUGAUAAUACUGGAUAUAGUAGCUCGUGAAGUAUACUGAUCUAGUUCUAGGACUGGAUCAAAAUUAAUUCACCUUACUUUAAGUAGUGAUUUAUUCGCAUGAGAUGCCACUUCAAAUCCUUCAACUCGGCCUGGACUAGAUUUCAAGUCCUCUCAUUUUGAUUCAGUCCACGGCUUCCGUCUCGACGCUUCAAACUUCGCUUUUAUCAAACUGCGCGGACUUUAAAUCUAGUCCAGUCCUCAUAGUCGGAUUUGAAAUAUUACAUAAUAUGGCCAUAGAGUGUGAGGACGCUUCCGUAGUGUGGUUAAGUUUUCAAAAGUAUUCCAUGUUGCCCUACAAGGAAAUAAUAAUAAUAAGAUUUACCGUAAUCUCGGCCACAACGCUAGCUCCUACUCUAACUUCCACCCCACGACUACUUUUUUGCACAAUGGUAGUAUAUAUUCCUGGUUGUUUCACUUCUUAUAUUUGUACCAUAUCUGUACUUUCUACCACUCCUCAUCCGUCAUACCUCGUCUUGUCCUUCAACGUAUUCCCAGGAUCUGUCACAGUACUAAUAUCUCAUAUAUUAUUUCUAUAGAUGAUAUUAAUGAAUGUACAGCCACACCCCCAAAAUGUGCAGGAGCAGGUCAAAGAUGUACCAACUUUCCAGGAGCCUAUCGCUGUAACUGUAUCAGUCCCAGACAACAACUUAAUGCUGACGAAUCAGCAUGUAUUAGUACGUAUAGAUUACUUAACAACAAAAUUAACUUUUUGUGCCUAUGGUUUUGAAGACGGACUCAGCUAAUCGUUUCACUUGCCUGAGUCUCUCAGGUGUCCUUAAAACCAAAACGUCAAAUAAUUGUUUUUUGUCUUAUAUUUUCAAAGAAUUGGAAAGGACUAAAAAAUCAACAUUUUUCUGUACUUAUUCCGUGCCUAGUCUGCCUUUAUCAUACGUUGCAUUCGCUCGCUCGAAUUUACCUUAGGCCCCGUUUACACGAAACUGGAACGAAAUAAAACCGGAAUGAAAAUUGAAAUGUUGACUUGAGACUGGUACGAAAAGCACAAAAUUUUCAAUUUAUUCCCCUUGGCAGGCAAUUUUCUUUUUAAAAAUGGAUUUUGUUGGCAUGUGUUGUUCCAAUGUCAAUCAGGUUACAGCUGAGACCGCUCUGAAAUGCAUUUGUGUUUACAUUCAUCCCAAUCUGAAUUCAUGCCGGUCUGAAGUCAGUUAGCUCAGUCCAGCAGGCGGAAUGAAUUGAGACCGGUUUGAGUUAUUUUUGUGCCGGUCUCAUGUAAUCAUCUAUUAUAAAUUAUGAUUAUGACCGAAACGAAAUGGUCCCGGUUUGAUUUCGUUCCGGUCUCAUGUAAACGAGGACUUACCUUACCCCAACUUGCCUUGCCUUAAUACACAUUUCCUCGCCCUACCGUGUCGAAUCAUAUCACUUUUUGGUACGCAAUUCUACCGCCCAUGUACCAUACAUUCUACUCUACCUUACUUUGCCUUAUUUUACUCGUUGGGUACGGGGAAAUUCAAGCCUCCCCUGACCGCGUCAAUCCAGGACGUUAUAUUAUCUUAAUUUACCCUACGCUAUCUUGCAUCCCUUAUUAACUAAAUUUACCAUAUUCCAUCUUAUCCUACCUUAUCUUAUCUUAACUCAACCUACUUCGCCUUGUCAAUUAUAUCUUCUCUCGCGAUUCCUCAACCUCACUUUACCUCACCUUACCCUACCCUACCUUACCUUACGUACCUUACCUUACCUUACCUUACCUUACCUUACCUUACCUUCCUUACCUUACCUUACCUUACCUUACCUUACCUUACCUUACCUUACCUUACCUUACCUUACCUUACCUUACCUUACCUUACCUUACCUUACCUUAGCCUACCUCACCUUACCUUACCUUACCUUACCUUACCUUACCUUACCUUACCUUACCUUACCUUACCUUACCUUACCUUACCUUACCUUACCUUACCUUACCUUACCUUACCUUACCUUACCUUACCUUACCUUACCUUACCUUACAUUCACUGAUUGCGGUGCCCAAGUUUGGCACCGCAUUAUAUUGUUCGGAUCAAUACGUUUCCUUAGUAUCCUAUUAAAAAUUUCACUGAUUGCGGUGCCCAAGUUUGGCACCGCAUUAUAUUGUUCGGAUCAAUACGUUUCCUUAGUAUCCUAUUAAAAAUUCCUUGCACGUGCUCUGAAUUUAUUCAUUCUUGCGGGAAAAUUAAUUAAUCUUGGACCCUCAGGACCGACUGUAUGCUGGGCUUAUCUCUGGUUUUAUGCGCCAAACAAGGACAAAAAUACCACUGUUCGAAUCAGCGUAAAACGUUGUGUUUAUGGACGGAAAAUAGAUUUCAAAAUUGAUUUCUAUUCCAGCGAUUGAUGGCUUUUGAAAGACGGCCCGCUCAAAAAAAUCUUUUCCUGUUUCCUGAAUUCUUUUUUUCGAGGAAAGUUGUCCUUCCAAUUAAUCCCGGACUCUGCCUUAUCUCUGGUUUUAUGCGCCCAAUAAGGACAAAAAUACCACCGUUCGAUUCAGUGUAAGGAAUUGGACUUAAGGAUGUCAAAUGUAUUACUAAACAACAGUAUUCUAGCGAUUUAUGGCCUUUGAAAGUCAAGCGAAAUUGUAUUGUUGACAAAUCGCUCAAAAUUAUUAAACUAAUUAAAAAUUCAGUACGUUUGAUCCUUAAAUCUUAAUAACUUUGGUAUCGUUGGUUUUCUUUUUUCGGCCGUCUACCAGUAUAUUCGUCUCACUUUUCUCUUUAUUUUGAUAGUAUUUUGAGCCCAAAAUAUUUUAUUUUGAAGGCUUUAAAACGCAGUUUUGAUCCUAACGUACGGCCCAACUGGCGGCCGACAGGAGAAUGUAGCGUGCUAAAUAUAACUUUACUUGUGCAUGUAGGCGGAAACGCUGGAAGUUUUAUUUGUAGGCGGGCGCCGCAUUUUAGUACUGUGUCUGGUUAGCUUAUCUUAUCGCCUUACCUCAGCUUUAUCUUAGGAAUUAGGAUUUAUUCAAAUUACAUCGCAGCAACGUAAUAGUUACAAAAUAUAUUAUAUAUUAAAGUGCUGCAUCUAUUUACAUUAAAAAUAUUAAAAAUUACAGCUAGCAUAUUCAACAUGACGUAUUGAACUUAUUGCACAUGGUAAAGAUAAAUGAGUUUUUAGUCCUAUUUGUUUUAAAAGAGGUAUAUUAAAUUGUUUUCGUUUCUUAGAAAGAGGCCCGAAUGUCUUUCAGGUAGUAAAUGAUAACUCUUAUGAUUUGUAUCAAGCAUUACACAGAUCGAAACGAAUUGUCACAUAGAUUUUCAUCACAAAACGUCACCAGACUUUGACUAACCACACCUAACCUCACCCCUCAGCUUUUGUUACCUCACCUGACCUUAUAUCGAACCUUAUCUUGCACUCUCAAAUUAAGCACGUUGCCUUUCGUUAAAUUCUAUUGCAUUAUCCAUUAAGUGGGACAAAAAAUUAACUGAUGUGGCUAUUGACGUGUGUGUAUUAAAUCUAUCCAAUUUCCCCAACUUAACUUAUCCUGAAAUUAGAUAUAACCAAUUAUUAAUCUCCCUAGAUGUGGUGGCGUCUGUCCAGGGUGGCAUAAGGAUUAUAAAUCGUGUAUUCAAACCAGAGUAUACUGACACAAACAGCGCAGGAUACUUUGAAAUUACUCAAGUGAUCAUCAUUGCGGUACGGACAUCUCAUUUGUGCAGUUUUAUAGUUUAUAAAAAACGUGCGACCAACACAUCGUACAGUAUUUACAAAUGAGUGAAUGCAUCGCUGAGCACUGACGCAAUAAUGUUUGCUUACUAAAAAUAUAUAAAGGACCAAAGCUCAACUGUAAUGUACUACAAUGCACUACAACGUACUACAAUUUGCUAUUCGUGACAUGUUUAAAUAGAAUAUGCUUCAUCUUGUAGUUGGAGGCAAAUUACAGAAACACGAG